ACAAAAUUCAGGGACCGCCAUUGACAAACCCAAAAUACACAUACUUUCCAUAUCCACAAGAGGAAAAGAGAACCAAAAAAAUAAAAAAGAGAGAAAGAUAGAAAAUGGUUUGCUUCUGUUUUCUGAUCGACCAAAAAAAGAAGGUACGGCGGACGAAGCCGGUGGCCGGAAUGUGUUCCCGAUGUGGACGGGGAGCUCGGGUGGCGGAGAUGGAAACCUCCACCACAUUUUGCCGGAUUCCGAUCCACUCCACUUCCUGGAAGGCUAUCAUCUGUUCUACUUGUGGUGCUCUUCUUAAAUCCUAUAGAUAAAUUUUCCAUAUUUUUGGAUUUUUUUUUCUUUGUAAUAAAAUUUUAUAACCCUUCACUAGUGUUAAUAUUUGUUUUAUUAUUAUUAUUUUCCGCUUUAUCCCUCUCGCUCUCUCUUGUUCUUGCUUAAUUUCUCGCUCCCUCUACAAGAGGUUAAUGAAGCGUUGCAUGCCGUGGUUGUACUGUACGUCUUGAAAAGUAAUACUAUUGCUUAGCGACGACAUGGUUCAUCUGCAUCACGGGAAGUCGCUACUCGAUGACGAAGUGGAAAGCUCUGUUGAAGCUCGAGGGGAGGAGAAACUGGGAGGAAGAAGAAAGAGAGAACAAGAGAAAAAUAGGAAAAAAACACUAAAAAUAAUUUUAAAUGGUAAAAUAAUUUUUUUUUCUUUAGAAAAAUAGGCCAAAUCUAAUGUGUGAAAUUUCUUAGGUAAUGUUUGUGAAGAUGAGUUUAACAUCUCAUGACCUGUUUAUGUGUAAAUUGAUGUAUAUAUGUGUUAUUUUUAACUAAUGGUUCUUUUUUUUAAA